UCGGUUUUGCAUACCUAACCCCUCUUAUUUCUCUCCCCCUUUUAUUCUUCUCUUUCUCACCAAAUUAGUGCUACCUACUCACACUUAAUUGCUAAUAACAUGGAUAGCGAGGGCAACCUUCACAAUGCCGUUUCUUCUCCAAUUUCGCUGACUGAAGAAACAAUCGCCAGAACCCUAACAACGUUAUCAUUGUCGAAUUACACCAGACCGCAGCUUCCCACUCUUCCUUUGGAUCUCAUCUCAGAGAUCCUCUGUAGACUCCCCGUGAAGCUUCUCCUUCAAUUCCGGUGCGUUUGCAAGUCGUGGAAUUCUCUUAUCACUGAUCCAAUAUUCGCUGGGCAACACCUCCGCCUCUCAACUAAGCUCCUCGUUCACACCUCAACAUACUCCUAUCUCUCCCAUCUCCCAUCCAUGUAUGUUCUAAAGUCUUAUCCACUCAACUCCGUUUUCACCGAUGUAACUACCAACCAUAUUACACAGCACGAGUUUCCUUCCGACCGUUAUGUUUACUUUGUUGGCUCAUUCAAUGGCAUCAUAUGUCUUGCAACUGAUUAUGGAGGCUUUGUAACUGUUGAAUUGUGGAACCCUUCCAUUAGAAAAUUCAAGGAAUUGCCCUCUCUUGGGAAGCAACAAAAUCCUUAUCAGGUUUUGAUGAUGUAUGGCUUCGGCUAUGAUGCAAUUUUUAAUGAUUACAAGGUAGUGGUUAUUUUAAAACACACCGAUAAUUUUGUUGACAGCCAUGAAUUGAAGGUUCAUACUUUGGGCACCAAUGUUUGGAAAAGCAUUCAGAAGUUCCCUUUUGAUUAUGAUGUUCGGCAACCAUCAGGAAACUUUAUGCAUGGUACUAUUAAUUGGUUGGUUUCUUCUAAAAAUAAAAAUCCACCUUUAAUUGUUUCUCUUGAUCUGAAGAAUGAGUCUUGCAAAGAAAUUUCGCUGCCUGCUGGUUAUGGAGUAGAUGCUUAUAAAUAUUUGCAGUUGGGUGUGUUGAGAGAUUCUUUGUGCAUUGUUAUUGGUCAUGAUGUUUGGGUUAUGAAGGAACAUGGAAAUCAAGACUCGUGGACUAAAUUGUUCACUAUUUCUUGCAUGCGAAAUUUUAAUAAGUGUCAUGCCACUUUCAAAGUACUACAUAUGUUUGAGGAUGGCCAAGUGUUGUUGAAGUAUAGAAAAAGAUUGACAUGGAAGUUGAUGUUUUACAAUUCUAGAAAUGGUACUUUUAAGUUUACUAAGGUUGAAAACAUGUUUGAGGUAUGCAUUGAGAGUUUGAUAUCACCUUGUUCUUAG